AUGGUCUCGCAGAAUAUUCGCCAGUUUGGUCCGAAGCUGAUGCGCAAGCGGCCCCUGCAGCUGGGCCAGGGGGGCUCUGAGCAUCACUUGUCUUGUUGUCUGAAGACCCUGCAUCUGGUGGCCUUGGGUGUGGGCAGCACCCUGGGAGCGGGCGUGUAUGUCCUGGCCGGAGAAGUGGCCAAAGAGAAAGCUGGACCAGCCAUCGUCAUCUGCUUCUUGGUGGCGGCCCUGACUUCUAUGUUGUCUGGACUCUGCUAUGCAGAGUUUGGGGCCCGGGUGUUGUGCUCCGGUUCCGCCUCUCUCUACACUUACGUCACAGUGGGUGAACUGGUGGCUUUCAUCACCGGCUGGAACCUCUUACUCUCCUACCUCAUUGGUGCCGCCAGCGUGGCCAAGGCCUGGAGCUUUGUAUUUGACAGCCUGAUCGGGAACCACAUCUCCCAUGCCCUGCAGGGCACUUCUCUGCACGUGCCUCAAGUCCUGGCCAAGUAUCCAGACUUUUUUGCCCUGGGCCUGGUGUUGGUCCUCACUGGACUGCUGGCUCUGGGAGCUCGGGAGUCAGCCUGGGUUUCCAAAGUCUUCACAGGUGUGAACCUUUUGGUUCUGAGCUGCGUCAUCGUCCCCGGCUUCAUCAAGGGAGAUCUGCACAACUGGCAACUCACGGACGCCGACUACAAACGGGCCGAGCUGGAGGUCAAUGACACCCACAGCUUGGGCCCCCUGGGCUCUGGAGGGUUUGUGCCUUUUGGCUUUGGCAGGAUUCUCCAUGGAGCAGCCACGUGUUUCUUUGCAUUUGCGGGUUUUGAUGGCAUCGCCACCACAGGCGAAGAAGCCCUUCACCCUCACCGCUCCAUCCCCUUGGGCAUCGUGACCUCGAUCUUCAUCUGCUUCUUGGCCUAUUUUGGUGUCUCAGCGGCGCUCACCCUCAUGGUGCCCUACUACCUGAUACGUCCCGAGAACCCGUUGCCGGAGGCUUUUGUCCACAUUGGAUGGGCCCCCAUCAGAUAUGCUGUGGCCGUCGGCACCCUCUGUGCCCUGUCCUCCAGCCUCCUGGGUGCCAUGUUCCCCACGCCUCGCGUGCUCUACUCGAUGGCUGAGGACGGGCUCCUUUUCCGCGGACUCGCCCGGAUCCACGCCCGCACCAGCACCCCUGUGGUGGCCACUGUCGUUGCUGGGACCGUUGCAGCAAUCAUGGCUUUCCUGUGUGAGCUCAGUGACCUCGUGAACCCCUCGUCCAUCGGGACCAUGCUUGCUUACUCCUUGGUGGCCUUUUCUGUUCUUGUCCUCAGGUACCAGCCAGACCAGAAUUUCAGCAAGAACGAGAAACCAAAGGAGGAAGUAGUUGAGAUGAAUUCUGUACCCAAAGCAAAAUCCCCAGAAUGUGUUCCCGAAGCGUCCAGCACUCCAGCGAGUCUGUAGAGCCCUGUCAGCACCACCCCCACCCCCAGAUCGGGCCGCAUCGUCUAUGGAUGUGCCUUUCUGCUUGGGUUCACUCUUUGCCUGCAGGUCCCCCUGUUGCCUGUCCUUCCAUUGGUCAGCAUCUCUGUGAAUGUUUACCUGAUGAUGCAGAUGAUCACUGAGACCUGGGCCCAAUUUGGAGUCUGGAUGUUGAUUGGCCAGGCUGACUGGCUUGGGCCCCCAGCACAGCUGCCCCACCCUGGCCUCAGCACCCUGGCUGGGGCCCCAACUUUACUGUGGCUCCAGACUGUCUACCGCAGGCUCCCCACCCAGAGGGGCUUGCCACCUCCUGGCUUCCGGUGCCCACCCCCACACCCCCCAGGCAUUUCAGCUGUGACCCAGAGAGUGCCUGUCUGCCAACCCUAUCCGACAGGCCUGGGAUCAUCCCCCAGGCUCCCACCGCCGGAGUGCUCUGCCUGCACCUGCUGGAGAGUUGACCGGUGA